UCUAACAAUUCAUACCAAUUCAAAUGAAACCUUAAACCCAAAUCCAACAAUGUUCUUUCCUAAAUUAGCUCCUCUUAUUAUCUUGUUUUUCUUGCAAAACCUCCUCAUUUCAAACUCCAUUAAUGCACUUACACCCCCAAAAGCAAAACCUCGAUCUCAAAUCAAUGCUAUCAACCAAUUCUUAACUCUUCAAAACAAGGCACGUGUAGCCCUUCGCAUGCCACCACUAGUGUGGGAUGCGGGGCUUGCACGCUAUGCUGACAUGUAUGCUAGGCAAAGGCGACAAGAUUGCUUGUUAAGGCAUUCAAAUGGGCCAUUUGGGGAAAAUAUAUUUUGGGGGAGUGGUGAUAGGUGGACACCCGCUCAGGCGGCAAUGGCGUGGGUGGGGGAGCAACGAUGGUAUCGCUAUGGCUCGAAUUCUUGUUAUGGGGGAAGGGAGUGUGGACAUUAUACACAAAUUGUGUGGAAAAAAACAAAGAGGAUCGGGUGUGCUAGGGUGACUUGUUUUGGAGGUAGAGGUGUUUUCAUGACAUGCAACUAUUUUCCUCCCGGGAAUUAUAUUGGUGAAAAGCCUUAUUAAAGAGUUUUUCACAUACUAUAUUUUUUGGUAUAGUAGACACGGUGUACCAAUGAAAAGGGGAAUUUUUUUCUAAACUUUUCGAUCAAUAAGAAUAUAAUAUUCAUUAUUUUAUAAAUAAACUA